UCUUUUACUUUUAUACUUUUAAUAUUAUAAGAUAAGCUUUCUUUCAUUUUAAAAAAAAACAUGAGCAAGAGAAGUGACCUUCAUUAUUAUCCUGAUGGAGACAUUCUUAUUAUAGUGGAUAAUACUAUCUUUCGUGCACACAAAAUUAUAUUAAAAAUGGCUGCUCCAACCUUAUUAAAUCAUGAACAACAAGGAAAUGAAGGAAAUGAAUUACCUUUCAUAAAUAUACCUGAUAUAUCCGCAUCUGUAAUGGACAUUGCCCUUUCGAUUAUUUAUCCUCGUUAUUUUAUAAUGCCUACUUGGGAGAAUAUCGACUCUCUUUUAUCUCUUGCUUCAAAUUAUGUAAUAAACAAAAUUUAUGUCGCCGGUGUAACUUUUUUAUAUCAUAAUUUUAAGAAAAACCCAUUGGAUGCUUUUUAUUUAGCUGACAAAUAUAAGCUUUCAUUCUUAUUUGAAGAAACUUCAAAGUUGGUUCUUGAUCAUUUACCUAAAUACAAAGAAGAUCCAACGUUUCAAAAACUCCCUCUUGAAAUUCAAUCCGCUCUUAUUGCUCGUCACAUGAGUUAUGUUCAUUCUCUUGCUGAACUUUCUGUUAACCACUUCCUUUCUACGUAUCAUCAUACAUGUAAUAAUCCUUCAUUUCAUAAUAAACAAUUGAAUCAAGAAAUUGAAUCACGUGUCUUGUCAAUUUUGGAUCAACCUAGUAAUAUCACACCUUCGAAAGUUUGGACCAUAAUGCUUUCACAUAUUAAUAUUAAUGUAUCAGAUGGUACAGAUUGUAAUAGUUAUUUUAUGAGUGAUCAUCUUACUAAAAAGUUCAAUAUAAUGUUCGGUGAUUUUAAGUACUUGGAAAUUGACAAGGAUGAAGAAAACCCUAAAUAUUACAUUUAUAUUUCAAGGAACAAAUAAGAUGAGUGAUUAAAUGAGUUGAUUAGUAAUGAAAUUCUUCUAAAAAAAAAAAAUUAAAAUUAUUUUGUUUAAAUCACUGCGUGUCUGUUGACAAGUGAUACAAAUUUGACAUGGUCAUUGAUUACGCAUUAGGAGUUAGGACAAUGACAUAAAUUUACAGGAAGCGGUAACCAGGGGAUGUUUAAUCAUAUUCUGGGGUAGGGUAAUAAUGUUACCGUAAUAUUAUCUUCUGACGUCAUUUAUUAAUGUGGAGCUAUAGUUCCAUUGUAAUUAAUGAUUGUAUUUUAACAUAAUAAAGAAAAUAAAGAA